GUCAAUGUCAAAGAAUACGGGAUUUACCGAAUUAUAAUUCGAAUGAAUAGCUAUCAGAAAUUCAGAUUAAAAUCAUAAUUAGCAAAAAUAUUUAUACAGUAAAGCGUUUAUUUUUAGACUUGAUAUAGUAGAUUCUUUGCAAAUAUUGGUAACGGCGGCUAAAACGUGUCCUAUCUUUACGGUUCCGAUGUGUAGUCAUCACAUAGCAUGUGAAUUAUAAAUAUUAACUUUGAUACUUCAUAUUAAGUGACUUUAUCGUUUUAAUUCACAUUUACUGAUUAACAAUGGACGAAGGGGAAUCAAAAACUUGUGAGAACUGUAAAAGGGAGAUCCCGGCAGUUAAUUUCACUACACACACAGUAUUCUGUGCACGCAACAUCCGCGUUUGUCCGGUAUGCAAGGAACCAGUGCCACAGGCGGAGUUACAGGAACAUCAUGAGAAAUUUCACAAGCUUUUGCCAUGUAAGGAAUGUGGUGAAAGUGUAUGUGGAACUGAUCUUGAGGAUCACAUCAGGGAUUCCUGUGCACACACUAUGAAGUCUUGCAAAUUCUGCGCAUUGGAACUACGUCGCAGCUCGAUGCCGGCGCACGAACGCUACUGCGGCGCCCGCACGGAGCAAUGCGCUGACUGCGGCGAGUGGGUCAUGCACAAGUACCGACAGAUUCAUCUGGACUCAAACCAUGGAUUCAUACGUCUCGAUGAUGAUCCGUUGCCAACUAAGAAGGAUGACAAAACGACGAAUGUGCCAAAAUCAUUAAACUUGCCAAAACCAAGCAACUCAUCUGACGCAAUUAAUGCAGCCAAAAUAGUUCAGCCCUUCAAUGGUUUCUCGAAGAAUGUUAACAUUAGUCGCCCCAUUACAGAGAUAAGACGUUAUCCAUCUACAACAAAUCCUAAUUCAGAAAGUUCAUUGAAAACAUCUAAAUUACAAAUCAAUGGACAAAAUUCAGCUGGUCCUUCAGGCUUGAAUGAAAGUCGUUUGAAUACAUCCAAAGUGGCUAAUAUAAGACCUCAGUCUAGUGGUCCGAGUCCAUUAUCCGAUAGAACAAAUUUAUCCUCAAAUAAUAUUUCUUCGACUUUAAGUGAUGUUGCAAAUGGGUCGAGUUCAGCUCAAAAUGGAGCGAUUCCAAGAAUCAAAAGGACUAAUGAUCAACCUCAAGUGAACACUGCAGUGCCGGCACAGGAUAAAGUUAGGAAGAAUUUAUGGGCUCCCCGAGGAGCAGUUAAGAAACGUCCAGCGCCGAAGCCCCCAACAACGGAGCCACCUGCAGACCCAAGGAGACAGCUACCGCUCGAAAGCGCUUUGCAGCGGCAGCAGGCGGAGGAGCGCCAAAGACAGGAGCAGACUGCUUACAACCUAUCCGUUGGUUUACCCCCCGUCCUUAGCCCGGCGGCAAAAAUAGAGAAGCUAAGAAAGAUGGACGCUCUACAGAAUCCAGAAACCAAUGACCAAGAUUACAAAAAUCGUCUCCAAGGUAGAGUGUGGAUGAGUCAAGAGCUUACACCAGCUGGUAAUGUCUUAGGAACUUCAUCUAACUAUGGAACGAAAAUAGCCAAGGAACUAGAAGCUUCAAGAAGAAGAAAUGGUUCUAAGUCAAAAUCACCAGAGAAUGUACAAGCAACAGAAGUCAGACGAAAUGAUCUGAAGGAUUUGAAACCAAUGACUCCCGAGGAGUUCAUGGACAGGUUCAACGAGCUCCAGCUUAGAAAGCCGGGUGAGGAGAGACUGCGGGGAGACAGGUUCAGUCAGAUCAAGUCCUCGUUGAGGGAGCUGCGGCGAGGCCUGAAUGAGGUCACAGCUCCGUAUAAUCAGAAUGCAAAUAGUGAGUCAUAUCAAAGCAGCGGGCGCGGCUCGCCGGUGCGGCUGCCGUGCGAGUUCUGCGGCGCGCCCGUGCCCGUCGACGACCUCGUGCAGCACCAGACCGGCUGCCGGCCCGACCUGGCGCAGUUCCGCGCCCCGGCCGAGCCCGCCGUGUACAUCCCGUGCGAGUUCUGCACCAGACCGCAGCCCGUCUACUUGCUCAGCGAGCACCAGGAGCGAUGUGGCAGAGACGCUAAUGAGCUGUUCCAAGACUGAGGCGAGUGUUAAAACUGAUCGAUAUUUAUUAAACAAGCUAAAGCAUAUUCUAAAGAGUGCACCGUGAAUGUCGAUGUUGCAGACGACGCUCAAAUUUGCUAGAUGUGACAAUAAAAUUAUACUUAAAAAUUAUAUGACCAAUGAUAGACGUUUUGUAUAAAAAAUAUAUUUUAUUGAUAAAAAACUAAGUCUUUAAGUAUGGAAGAGCUAUGAGUAUUCAAACAAACUAAUGUUAACACUUUCAUAAUAAAAACAUAAGCGUUUUUUGAUUCGGCUCUAUGGUGAUUUUACAAUUUUAACAAUAUUCGUAUAAAAUUACUUUAAAUAGCACCAUGUAUAAUGAAAUUUUAUUACGAUUAACGAUUAUGUUAAAUCAUUUGUAGGGACGAAUGAACAUUCCUAUUUUUUUAAAUAACUGUAAAAUCAAUAUUUUAUAAAUUUAAAAAUGGAAUAAAUAAAACAUUAAUUGCAUUUAAUUGCUCAAUAACAACAAAAUAUCGUUGUUAAUAGCAGAUUUUUUCGGACGUGACUUUAACUUUUCAUAUACUUUGAGCUGGACUCAUGACAUGACAUUCUGUGACUUUAGUAAAUAGGGAUAAGAUUUAAAACGCAAUAUUUAAUUUUUAGGCCUCGAGAAGAUUUAUACGAUAUUAUAAUUAUAUUGUUAGUAUCAUAGACAUCACUGAUAUUGCUGUAUUGUUCUUCAAAUAACCAUUUUCUUUAAAGGCUAUGGCUUAAUUUUGUAAGGUUUACAUAAAUACACCCUAUGUAAUGGAAUCGUCACAA